AAACCACUCAUCUGUGUUUUUUGUCUCUGCAGCUUGAAAGUUAAAUUAUACUGCUCGCCGGUAACCAAGGAAUUGCUGUUGACUAGCCGGAAAUACAAGUUUUGGGAGAAUCACAUUGUUGCAUUGGAAGUUGAGACUCCAACUCAGAUUUCUUUAGUAGAUGAAACAUCUGGUGAGAAAGAAGAUAUAGAGGUGACACUUCUACCAGCUGGUCACUGUCCAGGAUCAGUCAUGUUUUUGUUUGAAGGUGAAAAUGGCACUGUGCUGUAUACAGGGGAUUUCAGGCUUGCAAAAGGAGAAGCAGCCAGAAUGGAGCUUUUGCAUUCAGGGACCAGAGUAAAAGACAUCCAGAGUGUGUAUUUGGACACCACUUUCUGUGAUCCCAAAUUUUAUCAUAUACCAAGCCGGGAGGAAUGUUUAAAUGGGAUCUUAGAGUUGGUGCGAAGCUGGACCUCACUGACUCGCUAUCAUGUUGUGUGGCUGAAUUGCAAAGCUGCUUAUGGAUAUGAAUAUUUAUUCAUAAACCUCAGUGAGGAACUUGGAAUCAAGGUGCACGUGAACAAACUUGAUAUGUUCAGAAACAUGCCAGAAAUCCUCUACCAUGUUACUACAGACCGACACACUCAGAUUCAUGCCUGCAGACAUCCUCGGGAUGAUGAGUACUUCCGAGGGAACAGACUGCCCUGUGGGAUGACUUGCCGAAAUGGAACUCCCUUGCACAUCAUCAGCAUCAAACCCUCCACUAUGUGGUUUGGAGAAAGGAUCAAGAAAACCAAUGUAAUAGUGAGGACUGGAGAGAGUACAUACAGAGCUUGUUUUUCUUUCCACUCUUCAUACAGCGAGAUUAAGGAUUUCCUGAGCUAUAUCUGUCCUGUGAAUGUGUAUCCCAAUGUCCUGCCCGUUGGUAGGACAGAAGACGAAGUUAUGGAAAUAUUAAAGCCAUUAUGCAGGUCAUACAGGAGAAAUGUGGAACCCAGGUACAAGCCUUUAGGAACACUGAAGAGAGUCCACAAGAGAGACUUAUCUGAUACAGAUGAAGAUGAUCUCUUUGAUUCAGAAUUAACUUCUGCAAGGCCCAAGAUACCAAAACAGCAGAGAGAAGAGAGCAGACCCUCCAGCACAGGACAAUCUGAAAAUGCUGAAGGGAACAUUAAUGUAACGAACAUCACAGAAAGUUCCAGAGCAAUCACAACUUACACCUCCCACACGGUAGACUUCAUGGACUGUGAGGAAUCAAAUGAUGAUGAUGAUGAUGAAGAAGAAUCUGAAAACAAUACAGUACCAGUUAUUUCCUGUGAGCCAGCUGCCACUUCCACCUCAAAUUUCAAUGGAGUAACUAGUAACCAGCUGGAGUCUAGUGCAGAUGUCCCCCGCUGGGAUGCAUUUUUUAAGUGUAACAACCUAGAAGAAAGCUCAGAAAAUGAGGACAACUUCCCAUCUUCAGCAGAUGCUGGUGGGUCCCAGUCACUCUUCAGUGAUUCGGAUGGAGUAAGCGACUCCACACACAUCUCCUCCCAAAAUUCUUCUCAGUCAACACACAUAUCCGAGCAGGGGAGCCAGGGCUGGGACAGCCAAAUGGACACAGUACUCAUUACCUCCCAGGAGAGAAGCGCCUUCGACUUCAGCAAAGGUGGGAGCAGAACAGUUGUUCCUGUACUGCAGGAGACUGCCAAAGACAGUCAGCCUGACACCAGCAGGAGGAAGUCACUGGGUCAAAACAGAUCUUGUGCCCACAGCGUUGCCUGUGACUUGAAAAGCAAAGACUCUGAGAAAGAUGCAGAAGCUGGCACUGCUCACGGUCAGGAUGUGCUGGUGGAAAUAAGUGACAGCUCCAGGACUCCUGAUCUAGAACUGAGGAGGGACUCCCAGAGCUCCUCAGACUUUGAAAUUCCCUUGACUCCUGGUGCUGAAGUGCCUCAGCCUGAUAAACUGCAUUGUUUAUAUAAGAAGCUAGCAGCAGGUGAAAACAUACUCAAUGAGAAAAAACUCUCCUGAAGGCAGGUAUAGCUGAAUACAUCAUGAUAACAAAUACUAGAAUUGUUUUAUUAAACUCUGAAUUACUUUUCUUUUUAAUGCUGCGACUGUGCUGAUUCAUGCAUUUUUUUCAGAAAUAUCUUACUGUCAGAAUUAGGAAUUUGCAACCCCUGUAAUGUCAUUGUUCCUUCCAUGAAAUGCCAGAAAGGAAGGAUUUCUAGGAGGGAUUGUAAAAGCCUUCUGUCUCCCAAGGUUCAGUUCUCUGGGACUGUAAGUAGACAAAAAAGGGACAGACAAAACUGAGGGUGGAACAUUAAAUGAAAUUUAGUGUUUAUCAUGAGCUCUAAGAGUUUGAUAUAUACGUGAUUUCAGGUUUUUAAUAAGAUACACCACAUUUUUAACUGCAGGGAGGAACACAUCUUUCAGGAAUGACCAUGCAAACAAAUGCAAUAGUUGCACUUUGACUUUAAUCCUGAGUUUUCACAGCUGUUGUUUUUAAAAAUUUCGCUGAGAAUUACUGAGAAUUGGUUUGAGUUUUUUUUUAAAUCAAAUUGUUCUUUUUAAGCAGUCUCUCUUUACACUUGACUCUGAGGAAAUGUUGUCAUCUGGUUUUAACUCCUGAAUGAGAUACUAUACACCAGUCUGGUUUAAUCUCACUCAUUUUAAACAACUUGUCAUCAAGUUCCUCCCUGGUUUGGUUUAUUCUGAAUUGUUUUUCAGAAUGAACUUAAAGAACAAAAGUAAAAUCCUGUGGCAGGUGGUUCCAAAGCCACCAGCCAUAGCCUGCUCUGGAGGCGAACUCGCAGCAACAGAAGUGAACCUGUUGUCCCAGACAGGUUGUUGUUACUCAAGGCUCUUGUAUUACCAAAUUUCAUUCUGCUGACGUGACUGAAUUCAGACAUGUUCAGAUUUCUUUUUUAAAUCAAGACAAUUGAUUCUCCAUGCAUCUGUGCCAACAUAACUCCUUGCCAAAAUUCUUAGCUUCUAAAAUGGAAAUGCAAGUCAGGUUUUUGUUAAACUGCAGUGCCUACAAAAAUGCCUAAACAGAAGGAAUUUAAAAAUCCAUGCAGUUUCUGCUCCAUGUGGUCUUAAGCCCCAAAGACUUAAACAGAUGUUUAUGUUAUGACAGCUCUCCCCUCUGAGUAUGGCUCCAGUCUUUCUGCCGUCUUUAGCGAUCCAUGAAUGUUAAACCAGCCACCAUUCUUCCGUUGGGAACAGGGAGGGGGCAGAAGAAAAAAAAUUGUUACCAUCUAUGUAUGGUUUUGAGGAUAUUCAAGUCAAUGUAUUUCUCCACUGUCACCUUGCCCACUCUGUUCUUGGGAUUUGUUAACAUAAUUUCCAAAUGUGGUCUAUCAAGUUUUUUUUAACAAGCUUGAGUGAGAGAAACUGCUGCUGUAAUUACCUCUGUGAAUAAAGUCAUACAGAGCAGAAUUUCUUCUGCUGGCCUGUUUCCUUAACUGCACUACACAUAUAAGUUCAGGGUUGUGUUUACAGUGUACUUAAAUAUACAGGAACCCAGUCUGCUUUAGACAAGUCGACAGCGUAAAUUUAUAUGAGUUCUUACCAGCCAUAAACUGAAGAGGAAGCACAUGACUUCCUCAUGCUUACUCCACUACAGUCCUUAUGCUGCUAGAAAAUUUGGGUACAGGACAGGAGUUAAGAGGUGGCAGGCUUAAAGCAAAUUCUACUGCUCCAGCUAAUUUUAACAGGCUAAGAUUUCUUUUUUGUUAAGAAUGACAACAACAAGAGAAAAACUAAAUUUAAUUUAUUUUAUCAAAAACUAUAGGAAGAUAGCAAUACUAGAGAUCACACAUUAUGAAGAGAAAAUGUUCCUGAGCUUACAAACUGCAUAUUCUAAUGUACACAGUCCUAAAAUAUACAUUAGAAAUAACCAAAAGACUGACUUAACUUUGAGAUUAAAUAAAUAGACAAUAGCUUUUCUUACAGGAGAGCUUGCAGCUUCAGUUUUGCUACCAAAAAAACUUCCCAGAAUUAAACCCAACAAAAAAGAACAGCUAGAGGAUAGAUCACAGGUUACCAGUCUCCAAGAAGUGCAUGUACACAACUGAAGUGGUGGCCCUAAUGAUGCUAACAGACCGCAAAGCGAAACAAAGGCAGAAGCUGGGCUGGUUUAGGCUCUUUAAGGAAUUGAAAAUAAUCUUUGUCUCCUUUUUCUCAUUUGGCAAUUUUCCCCCGAACUCAUAGAAAAAGCAGAAAGUUUUAAAAGUGACACGGUGUGCCAUUAAGCUAAUUCCAUGACUGCAAUCCAGAUGCGCUGUGAAUACGUAAAUACAAAAUACUGUUCAAGGCUCGAAACUGGAUACAUGGGUUUGCUUCAAAUAAACACAAAAUACUGUUACCUCCCAGAACGUAAAUUAACGGUCCUUUAUUUAUCGCGCUCGAGGUAACGCACAUAUCCUUAAAGAACAUAGGGUGGUAACAUACACUGCCUCGGGAAAAAGGCAGAUACUGAACUCAAGUACAACUACUAAGACUUUUAUCUUUUAAAACGUGUUUACUUGCGAUAUUUAAAUGAAACUGGGCAUGAACACAGAUAAACAAAAAGAGUGUCGAACCAGCCCUGCACAGGAGAGGCCAGAGAAACCGCUUUGUUCAGGAAUCCAUUUCUUGCCACAGCCACCCUCACCCUCCUGUACCGGCAGGAAGGCCGCGGACUGCAGUGGAUUAAGGAGCUGGAGGCUGCAGACUCCAUCCACGUGGAAUGCAUCGCUGAACCGGGCUACAUGCAAGAGAAAGCACUAAUGACUCCAAGUGCUGUAAGAACAUUUGGAGUUUGUUAACUUAAAUUAAAGCUCCAUAUUCCACUUCAAAUUUAUGUUUAAAAAAAAAAAUUAAGAGAUGGGGCAUGGUAAAAGUUGACUAGAUUCAGGAUUUAUCCAAGUGUGUGGAUAUAGGUGAGCCUGGUAACGUCAAAGACUUUUAAAUCUAAGCGAACUUUUUCAUUAAAUAAUAAUAAUUUUUAAAAUUAUUUCAAGGUGUAUAUCUGUAUUGUAGAUUACAAAACGUACACAGCACUUUCAGUGGCCCACACUCCUCACCCCACCUGUGAAACUGAUUUUGGCUAGUAGCAUAUAAAAUUUCACUUUCUGCCAAAGAGCCAGAUCUUCAGUGCAAAUGCAACUGUGCUUCUUAAUGAAUAACCAACCUGUACUAUCCUUUGAAACACUUUUUGGAGUGCUAGUAAUUAACAUUAAAUUUAAGGCAUUUUCUAACAAAUUAAGUAAACUGUUACAUGCUGGGUACUCGAUUUCAUUCACCUGAGCCAACAGCUGUGCACCUUAUAAAGGUAACGCUGACCUAUGAUACAUAGCUAGCAUCCAUUUAUGGAGCAUUUUAUUCUGCCUGACGCUAUCAACGUUUACAUGAUUUGUAAGCAAUAUGCAAGUUUCACAAGCUUUUAAUCCAUGAGAAUAAAGCGCUUAGAUUAUCGCUGGAGCACGGACCUUGGCUUUAACUCCACUUAUAACCUACCUCAACUGCUCUUCAGUGUUUCUGAAGCCAAGUAAAACUUAGCAUACAUUAUGAAUAGCUCAAGACAACUUUUAAGAUGAUCAGGACAAAAAAAAA